CUGCGGGGACCAUGCAGGGCAACGGGCAGCAAGCGGCGGCAAAGGGCUGCGAGGAUCACCGUGGCGGCAUUGAGGCGGCUGACGGCGGGCUGCAGGCUGCGGCCGUGCCCAUGCUCCCGGCCAUGGAGGUGGCCGAGGAGCAGGAGAAAGCUCCAGGCGGAAAGAGCAAGGAUCCCAACACCUACAAAGUGCUCUCCCUGGUGCUGUGUGUCUGCAUGCUCACCACCAUCCUGGGCUGUAUCUUUGGCCUGAAGCCCAGCUGCUCCAAGGAUGUGAAAACCUGCAAGGGACGUUGCUUUGAAAGGACCUUUGGAAGCUGCCGUUGCGAUAGAGACUGUGGCAAGAUUGGGAACUGCUGCUUGGAUUACCAGGAGAUGUGCAUCCAGCCGGCCCACAUAUGGAGCUGCAAUAAGUUCAGGUGUGGAGAGAAGAGGCGACCUGAGUACCGCUGCUCCUGUGCAGAUGACUGCCUGCAGCACCAGGACUGCUGUGUCAAUUACCAGAGCAUCUGCAAAGGAGAGGCAAGCUGGGUUGAAGAGGAGUGUGAGGACAUGACCGAACCCCAGUGUCCCAAAGGCUUUACCAAGUCUCCAGUGUUGCUGUUUUCAUUGGAUGGCUUCAGAGCAGAAUAUUUGCAGACUUGGGGUGGACUUCUCCCUGUUAUUAGCAAGUUACAGAAAUGUGGGACACACACCUCCAGCAUGAGACCAGUGUACCCUUCAAAGACCUUCCCCAAUCAUUACUCCAUUGUCACAGGGCUGUAUCCUGAGUCUCAUGGGGUCAUUGACAACAAGAUGUAUGACCCCAGAAGAAAUGCAUUUUUCACCCUCAAAAACGAAGAGAAGUUCAACCCACAGUGGUACCAGGGACAGCCUAUCUGGCUCACUGCUAUGUACCAGGGGCUGAAGGCUGCCACCUUCUUCUGGCCGGGCUCAGAUGUCGCCGUCAACGGCAGCUUCCCCAGCCUGUAUGAGAUCUACAAUGGCUCAGUCCCCUUUGAAGAAAGAGUAGUGACAGUCCUGCACUGGCUGCAGCUGCCUGAAGAUGAGAGACCACACUUUUACACUCUGUAUUUAGAAGAACCAGAUUCCUCAGGCCAUCAGUUCGGGCCAGUAAGCAGCGGAGUCAUUAUGGCACUACAGAGAGUAGACAGCAUUGUGGGGAUGCUGAUGGAUGGCCUCAAGCAAUUGAACCUGCACAAAUGCCUAAACAUCCUUUUUAUAUCAGACCAUGGGAUGGAGGCAGGGAGCUGCAGCAGAACAGUGUAUCUGGAGAGCUACCUGCCUGAUGUUCAAGAGUUCACAGUGGUGCCUGGGCCUGCAGCUCGCCUGAGACCUAAUAAUGUUCCAGAUGAGUAUUUCUCUUUUGAUUAUGAAGGCAUUGUCAGAAACCUCACAUGCAUAGAGCCAAAUCAGCCUUUCAAAGCCUACAUGAAGCAGCUGCUGCCCAAGCGCUUCCACUACUCUUACAAUGACAGGAUCGAACCCCUGCACUUCUAUCUGGAGUCCCAGUGGCAGCUGGCUAGGAAACCAGGCGAGAUUAAGAGGUGCACAGGUGGAUUCCAUGGCUCAGACAAUCGCCUCCCCAGUAUGCAGGCUAUCUUCAUUGGCUUUGGGCCAGCAUUCAAGUCUCAUACUCAAGUGGAUCCUUUUGAAAACAUUGAAGUGUACAAUCUAAUGUGUGAUCUGCUUGAUUUGAAACCAGCCCCAAACAAUGGAACUCAUGGACUCCUAAACCAUCUGUUGAGGAAUCCUGUGUACAUGCCCCAGCACCCCAAGGAGAGAAGCCAUCCCUCUGACUGCCCUGUGCUGAGAGCCUUCUCAGUCAGCCCUGGCUGCUCCUGCCAGGCACGGGGUUUGCCAGUACUGGAUUUUGCUCAGCGUUUGGAUUUCACCCAAGCAGAAGCUGAGAAGAUAGAGCAGCUGGCAGUGCCCUAUGGCCGGCCCAGACUCCUGCAGCAGAGACACAGCUACUGCCUGCUGCACCACCCCCGCUACCUGAGUGCCUACAGCCAGCACUACAGCAUGGCCCUCUGGAGUGCAUACACCAUCCACAAGCAGGACCAGUGGGUUUCUGCUGCAGAAGAUGCCUCCAGCUGUUUGCACAAGGAUGGUCGUGUGCCUCUGAACCACAGCCACACCUGUUUGUUUUACAGCAACCGACCUGGCCUGAGUUAUGGAUUCCUUGCUCCUCCGACCUUCAUGGCAGGAGAGAGGCCUCACUACGAUGCCCUGCUCGCCAGCAACACCGUGCCCAUGUACCCUGCAUUUAAAGUCCUCUGGAACUACUUCCACCAGCAGCUGCUGCCAAGGUAUGCUGCAGCCAGGAGCGGCGUCAAUGUGGUCAGUGGGCCUGUGUUUGAUUACGAUGCUGAUGGGCUCUGUGAUAGCCCAGAAAAGGUGAAAAGGCACCCCAGUAAUUCAGAAGUUCCAGUUCCAACUCACUUCUUCAUUGUACUGACCAGUUGUAAAAACACCUCUGAAACUCCUCUGGCAUGUGAGGGGUCUCUGGAUGCUUUGUCCUUUGUCGUGCCUCACAGAGAAGACAACAGUGAGAGCUGUGCACAGGAUGGCAAGGCUGAGUCCACCUGGGUUGAAGAGAGAAUGAAGUUCCACACAGCUCGGAUCAGAGAUGUGGAGCUGCUCACUGGACUCAGUUUCUAUCAGGACAGGAACCAGCCAGUGUCUGAGAUUUUGCAGUUAAAAACAUAUUUGCCCACUGCUGAAGUGAACUGAGUUCAUCCUAUGGAAUGUUGCUGCCAUCUCUCACAGCUGGCUUGUAAAUAGACUUUCUAAUGGAGGAAGACUUUUUUUAGGUUCUUUUUUAAUAAGCUGGAACAUUUAUUGAGAACUCUGGACCAAAAUGCCAGUAGGGAGGAGAGUGGGUGCCAUAUUUAUAUCUCAGGGACUCCUGAUAUGUGCAACACAGGCUGGCAGCUCCUGUCGUUCCCACUUGGAUGUGAUGGAGUCAGGGCCGUUCUUCAGUGCUGGCAGCAUUUGAUCAUCACAGCCUGAGACAUCAACAAGGAUGUUACCUUUUUAACUGAAGGGAGAGAAGUUGCUGCAGGACGGGUUUAGAUCAAUGCUCUGCUUUAAAACUAAAGAUAAUUAGCACAGUGCUGCUUCCUGGGGACCUCUGCCACCAGACAGCACCACCCCUCCCUGCAGUCCUCCCUGCAGCAUUCUGAACUUUGGCUCUCGUAGAAUGAGGCAGCCUCGUGCCGCAAGAAGCCCUGCUGAGGUUGUCAAGGCUGGGAACUGGAGCUUCCCCAGCAGGGAGGAGAUUGCCUGGCCAGAGGGGUGCUGUUAGGUGGGAGCUUUGGUCUGCUGCUGCUGCUGCCUGUGGGGUCUCCAGCACUGAAGGAGGAUUUGUUGCACAGCUUGCAUGUUGUAAAUGCAUCUUCAGAAUGAGCAGGUGCAGGCUGCAUCCAGUCACCUGCAAAUCAGGAGACAUGAGUUGAGGAAUGUGUCUGAGCUCCAGCAAAGCUCUUGCUGCAAAGUAAGCUUCCAAUUGACUGAAGGACUCUGCUUUCUUGAGGCAAAGCUGUUUUCCUCCAGUUGCUGCGUGGGUUUGCCAGCUGCGUCUUUAAAAUCCCAUGGUCAGGAGAAAGCAAUUUUGCCCUAGGCUGGUCAGCUCAUCUCCAGCGGCACACUGCAGCGGCAUGCUGUGCCCACGGGGCGCUCAGUUGUCCACUGGCAGCAAAUACCCCCAUCCUGGCUGUGUUUGUAGCUGUUCUUAGAGCUACAUCUCCCAAAGUGCAGCUCACCCAACUGGUCCCUCUGGAAGGCAGACGCUGCCAGCUGCGGGUUCUGCAGAAGCGUGCAGUGAGCUCCGAUAGGAGCUGGCAGGCUGCCUGCUGGCUGCUGCAGGCACUCAGGAGUGCAGGAGCUCCUCCUCGGCCAGUCCCUCUGCUGCUGCUGCCGCCGCUCCCAUUCCCCACUCUCGCUGAGGCUGGUGGCCACAGCUGGCUCUGUCCUCCGUGGAGCUGGCACAGAGCCACACCUCUGCUCUUCUCACGGACAAAGGAGAGAAUGCACCACGCACAAGAGUGCCAGAAGGAGGAGCCUGUGCCUGAGCUGUCCCACCUCACAGCCUGGACGUGCCUGGUGGAGGCUGGAAAGCAGUGGAGGCUUUUCCAGUAGCUUCAGCCUGGAGGGGACAUUUUCUCUUUUAACCAAACGUCUUUUCUUGCUCUUCUAUUCCAAGCAUGAUUUAUUUUUUCCCCUGAAGUAGUUUUCACUGUGUGGAAUUCAGAUCCGUUGUAGCAGCCCCCGGUUGUGAUACAACUGUGACAGCCUGAUCAGUGUAACUGCUCUGUACCUGCUUGUGACUGAUAAAAACAUCCCUCAGAGCCCA